GUAGAAAUGGGCUCUCGACCACAGAUUGGACGGACAGUGAAUCUGUCUCUAAUCCUGUCUACUUCACUCUACUGUGCCUCUACUGACCAGUGUGUGUGCAGGCGUCUACUGUUGUCAGCUGUGAGAUGUGUGUCUCCGAGAGGCUUCCCUCCCUCCUCCUGAAGGCCACCCCUGCUGAGUGUCUGCGGCUGUGCUACCUGCUCAAGAUGUCCCGCUCCCAUGGAGGCACCUGGGUCGACAGCCACAGCCCAAGUGAGAGACCUGAAGCUCACCUUUGGUUUUCAGGACUUGCUAUCCUGGCUUGUGAAAGCCUAAUGAUUUGAAAGUGGGUGCAACCUGAUUUGGUUAUGAUCUUAGGUUCACGUUGAUCUUCGGGAAUCUUAGGUUCCUCCUUAUCUUAGGUGAUCUUAGGUUUACGCUGAAUUUAGAUUUGCUGCGCAUCCUGACAUAUCCUUUUCAAACCUCAACAUCCUGUUUUCUAUUCACCAUAACUUCCACUCUCUGUGGUUGAAAAUGUCCAUCUCAGAUCUGGGAGAGAACUACAUCAUCCUGGUGUUUAAGGAUUCGCUACCACAACAGGACAAAGUCCUGCUGAAGGUUAUCUUAACAGAGAUCGGGAGAGCAAAACAGGUGGAUGACUUUAUAGGCGAGAUUACGUUUGAAGAAGCCAAUAAGGUACUAAUGCAUGGCAAGAAAGCUUCCUCUAAGGACCAGAGCUGCACUUCCCAGUCUCUGCUGCCAGACUGUCACGUCUCCUUGCCAAAGGUUUCCGCCACUGCACGGUUCCCCCCACAGUUUCAUCCUAAAACAUUUCAGCAGAUGUUUUUGGACACCUUUUCGACACAAACUCGGCCUGUUUCAGUAGCUCAGCAGAAGGACUCCAAAGGGGUUUCCCACCCACUAAAGAAAAAGGCACCUGAACGUUGUUUGCGCUCCAAUACACCAGCAUCCUCCCCAACAUGCCUUUCUGACGGCCAUGACGUAAACAAUGACGUAGUGGAGGUCCUUCCAGUCUUCUCUGACCCUGUCCAGAGGUUGAUCCUGUACCCCCCUCCUCCAGCCAGAGGGGGCAUAUCUGUCACCAACGAAGACCUUCACUGUCUUAACCAAGGAGAGUUCCUCAAUGAUGUCAUCAUUGACUUUUACCUGAAGUACCUGAUGUUGAAAGAGGAGAACGCGAAGAGCAGCCACGUGUUCAGCUCCUUCUUUUACAAGAGACUGACUCAGACAGAGCAGGGACAAGCCCAGGCACCGGAGAAUCUACUCGAAAGGAAGUUGAGACACAGUCGAGUGAGAACCUGGACCAGAAAUGUGGACCUCUUCCAGAAGGAUUUCAUUUUUGUCCCCAUCAAUGAAUCUGCCCACUGGUUCCUGGCAGUCAUCUGCUUCCCAGACUUGGCGGGUGCCCAAUCUGACCUUGGGCCUCCCAGCCCCUCACCUCUCUCUUCAGCCUCCCCUCAAUGGCCCAGCCCCGAGCCUCUCUCCACCUUCCAACAGGAGGAAGAUGAGGAGGAGCCCAGCUGUCUAGAUCAGGGCUUCCUGUCAAGUUUCACCCCUCCAGGCCCCAACCCAAUGUCUCUGUUCUUUCGCCCUAGCUCCAGCCCUGGCUCUUUUCCUGAGGGUGACUUGACAAUAGGGUUUAGGCUGAGGUUGUGUUCAGACCUGCAGGAGAAAGAGAUGAGGACAGGUGUGAGAGAGUUCGGUGUGAACUCCUACAUGCUGAACCCUGGACAGAAGGCUGGUCAGACAGAUCGAAAUCAUGACUUUUUUGAUGUCACCCCCAAAGCUGCAACGCAUAGACUACCCUGCAUCCUAAUAAUGGAUUCCCUCAGUGGCAAUGGCAGAUUGGAUGUUGUGAAGAUCCUGCAAGAGUACUUAGAGGUGGAAUGGGAGCUGAGAAAGGGGACUAAGAGAAGGUUCAGCAGAGACACCAUGAGAGGUUCCAACCCUCGUGUUCCUCAGCAGGACAACUACAGUGACUGUGGAGUCUACCUGCUCCAGUACGUGGAGAGCUUCUUCCAGAAUCCACCACAGAGUUUUGAGCAGCCCAUGGACUUAAGGAAAUGGUUUCCACUAAAACUAGUGAAGAGAAAGCGAGCAGAAAUCAAGGAACUCAUUGUCAAAAUUCACCAGCAGCAGGAAAGAGAGUGGAGUGAUGGCUAAUCACCACAAGAGGGACACCUUUCCUUGUUUAAAAUGAACAGCACUUUGUUUACAUGACACGAAUGGGCAGUUAUUAACUUGAGUUAAUCUUGUAGUACUUUUCUCUGAUUUGUAUUCUGCCAUAGUACACUUGUCCAUUUUGUGUAUGCCUUUUCCUUUAAUGGUAGCACUUGUUAAAUAUGUUCACUGUUAAGGUUUUUAUAAUUGGCAGUUUACUUGCCUUGGCUGGAGAUGACCUAUGACCCUAAGUUGUUACCUUUAAAAUUAAUUAAAUGAAAAGAAC